GAGACAAUGCUCUUUCCUCCUAGCCCUCAGUGCAACCGCUUCUUCUCAAAUUCAACAUAGCGCUAUAGCUUUGUAGGUGGAGGCUUCCCCUGCCAUUUGCGCCUAAGCCUCUCCCUCAGCCGUCUGGAAGCCCUGCACGAAUGGAGGCACUAUCGGCAGCAAUCAUGGGUGGUUUCAUGGUCGCUGGAUGUCUGAUACUCAAGUCCGGGAUGGAACGAGUGGGGCUCCAGACCGUCGACCAUAUGCGGGAGCGUGGGCCCCACUUCGUUUUGCCCGCCAAGCCCGUCCCCCCGCCCGCCCGGAGCCGCGCGUCCAAUUAAGGGGCUACCAUGUCGGACAUGCGCGCGGCCUCAGGCACCUGGGACUACCACGGGCGUGUGAGCACCACUCACGCCAAGGAUGGGAGCCGGAGGCAGGGCGGUCGCAUCAAGACUUUGACCGUGGUAAAGAUCUGUAGUCUGCCUUCUGUUAGUCCGCCAGUGGCGUGCUGAUGGGUUCGCGUCGUUGUGUGAGUAUAGGAAUCAGCUGCGGCUCGACGAAGAUGAGUUUGGGGAGGGUGUGAAGAUGCGGCACUACUGCUCGGGGGUUUAUUUGGAGCGAGAGCCACGUAUGGCGGCUGUGGUGAGCUGGGUGUCGAGCAUGUGGACCCUAACCCCAAGCCUAACCCCCAAACACGGGCAAUGAUCAUGCUUCAGAGGCAGCAAGCCAGGGCUUGCAUCGUCGGGGAGCGGCAAGAAAUUGCCCAAAAUGUAGGCCCUCGGGCCUUGACUCGGGCGAGAAAGAUUGGGCAUUCUCCAGGGUGCAUUCUUGCCGCGUGGGGCUGCAUACGGUCCCUGAAUCUCGCCAACCACCCCUUUCCGGGGGGGGGUUGAGGGACGGAGCCCCCCAAACGUAUAAAAACUGGGCAGUUUUGGGCCCCUGCAUGCCUUGGGUGAGAACGUGGUUAGGGUCUUUGUCGCCAGCGGCGGCGGCCUGCCCCUGGAAGAUGCAAGCCCUGCAGCAAGGCGCAUAGCAGGCAGGCGUAGGGAUGGCAGGCUACCCCUGCGCACAUACAGGGCUGUCAGGCACGCUACCGUUGUAAGCACUCUACGGU